AUGUGGAGGCGAUUAAGUGGUUGUGGUGGUGAACUAAAUCAUGAUGAAGAAACCGGCUAUGUAUCUCUGGAAGCAACCCAAAGGAAGAUAUCUUCCUCUCUUGAACAAGUUCCUGAGUCCCCUGAGGAGAGUUAUUUUGCUUCUUCAACCAGAGACGGAUUCAUAUGCAUAUCCGCUGCUCAGGAAAGUGAUGAGAUGCCACCAGUGGCAACUUGGGCCACUAUAAGUAAAGAAGCCAAAUCACUACUCCAUUUGAAUGGCAUUGCUUCAGUCUCAUCUUCCCUCAGAGCCAAGAGAGGCAGUAAAGUUGUCAAAGACAAUAAUGUCAGGCCUAAAUUUUCGUUUCACACCUAUGCUUAUGGAGAAAAUUCUUCCAAGAUAGGUUACAUGGCUGAAUACUUUGAGCUUGUCGAUGAUCAGGCCGCCAUAGAGGAGGAUCCAAUAGCUGAAUGCCCCAAUAGUUUUGAUGAAAUAUCAGAUAACACUCAGGAUGAGCAGUAUCCAAUCUUUUAG